AACCAAAACAAAUGUGAGUUGUUACAUAUUACACCCUCUUGGAAUUCAGACUCUAUAAUGCUGCAAAUGGAAGCAAACAGAGCUCACGACCCUGAUCCAGCCACAGACACCGAACCCGGUUCUAUUUUGGAGAAGCUACUGAAGAAAAACCGAAAGGAGACAUGUCCAGCUCUAGACAAAAUGCAGGAGAUGGAAACUGGUAAAUUAGUAGUGGAGUUAGACAUGACCACGCCUGCCACUGCAGCGAAUGCUUUCAUUGAGGAAAGGAACACAGUCACCCGCAGCAUAUUAUCAUCUUCACCAAUCAAAACAACACAGGGUGAUUUUGAAGUGGAAGAUCCCGCUGACCGUUUAUCCAAAAAAUCACUUUUUUCCAAAAAGGAUGUGGUGAAGAAAUUAAAGGCUCCAGAAAUCAAGGUGAGCAUACCAAAUAAAGACGCUUUAAACUCGGCACAAACAGCUUUGCAUGAAAAAAGGUCAUGUGAGGUCAAGUCUUUGACCACUAAGGAGGUCGCGCCAUCCUUUGGGACCUCUCCGGUUGAAAAUGAUGACCAAACGGCAAACUCGGAACAUGUUCUCCAAAGAACAAAUAAGGAUGUCAGCUCGGAUUCCAUCCCAUCCAAGACAAAACAAAGCCACCCGAAGCCAGUUUUUCCCACGACCAGCAAAGAAACUGAAACAACAGAGCAGCCUGAUAAAAAAUCUGCCAGAGAAAAUGAUGAUAGCGUUUUAAUGAGAGAAAAGUCCCCCGACAUUGCCAGGACCAGGCCUGUCUCUGAUCUCAUAAAAGAAAACAUACAGCUGCAUGAGAAACUUCGCCACCAGGAUUGGGCCAAGACCUCUGAGGUCAAAUCUGAUGAGCAUAAUCAAUCUGUGAAGGUAGCGCAGAUGAAGGCCACAUUUGACUCACCUCACAAAUCUCCAGAAAAACUCAUCGAGAGGAAGCCGUCUGUCAGAAAAGAGAUGUCAAUCAAAUCCGCUGCACUACUCAACGGCGGUCAAGGCUUGCCGGGAGGCGGGUCUAUCUGCCGAGCAGGAAAAACGCGAGAAAAGCAACUUGGAUCAACCUCUCAGUCAUUGGGUGCCAUCAUUUGGGAAACGCCGUUUUAUCUCUUUUUCCUCGGGAAUACUUUUACCCCCUUCUCAGAAGAUAUGAAAAGAGUUGUACGGAAUAGCAAAUUCCGUCACGUCUUUGGCCAGGCGGCAAAAAAUGAUCAGUGUUACGACGAUAUCCGGGUGUCAAGAGUCACAUGGGAUAGCACGUUCUGUGCAGUUAACACCAAGUUUGUUGCCAUAAUUAUUGAAGCCAGCGGUGGCGGAGCUUUCCUGGUUCUCCCUCUUCACAAGACGGGACGCAUCGACAAAGCCUACCCAACAGUGUGCGGUCACACGGGUCCAGUGUUAGACAUCGACUGGUGCCCCCACAAUGAUCAGGUCAUCGCCAGCAGUUCCGAGGACUGCUCGGUCAUGGUGUGGCAAAUUCCAGAGAAUGGCCUCGUGGCACCUAUGUCCGAGCCUGCUGUAGAACUAAAGGGUCACUCCAAGCGAGUCGGCAUCAUCACGUGGCACCCCACAGCUCGCAAUGUUCUUCUCAGUGCAGGUUGUGACAACGUGAUCAUCAUCUGGAAUGUGGGCACAGGCGAGGCCAUGAUCAGUUUGGAUGACAUGCAUCCUGAUAUGAUUUACAGUGUUUGCUGGAAUCGCAAUGGCAGUCUCAUCUGCAGUGCCUGCAAGGACAAGUCCAUCCGUAUUAUCGACCCCCGCAAGGAGGAAAUUAUUGCUGAGAAAGAAAAGGCACACGACGGUGCUCGUCCCAUGAGGGCCAUUUUCCUGAAAGAUGGCAAAGUCCUCACCACAGGUUUCAAUCGGAGGAGUGAGAGGUUGAUCGCCCUGUGGGACCCGCAAAACUUGGAGGAGCCCAUGAAUAUGCAUUGUUUGGAUGCUAGCAAUGGAGUGCUCUUGCCCUUCUAUGACCCAGACACCAACUUGGUUUACUGUUGUGGAAAGGGUGACAGCAGCAUCCGUUACUUUGAAGUCACCGAUGAAGAUCCCUAUGUUCACUACCUUAGCAGCUAUAUCUCUAAGGAAUCUCAGAGGGGCAUGGGCUGCAUGCCAAAGAGAGGCCUCGAUGUCAACAAGUGUGAAAUCGCAAGGUACUAUAAACUGCACGAAAGGAAAUGUGAGCCUAUCGUGAUGACUGUACCACGAAAGUCUGACCUGUUUCAGGAUGACUUGUACCCUGACACAGCUGGGCCUGACUCGGCCCUGGAGGCCGAGGAGUGGUUUGAGGGCAAGAAUGGUGACCCCAUCCUAAUCUCCCUCAAGAAUGGCUACGUUCCAACCAAGACCCGUGAGUUAGUUGUGAAAAGGAACAUUUUAGACGCCAAGGUGACUAAGAGCACAGAGAACUCUGUCUCAGCUUCCCAGAAUUCAUCACUCACAUCAGACGCCAAGCUGGAAGAGAUUUUGAAAGAAAUGAAAUCUCUCAAAGACCUGGUCAGCAGUCAGGAGAAGCGACUUGUCGCACUUGAAGAGAAAAUGUCCAAAAUUGAUAUUUAGGGACGCAUUGCCCGAUCUGCUGCAAUCUACUACCUUCCAUUGGCUGGGAGGACGACGCGACCAAACACUGCCUCUCUUUUUGGCAGUAUUUCGUCUGAGGCCCGCCUUAGCAACAAUCCCUAGCAACAUUCCAGAUGAACUUUUACUAGGCAAACCCAAACCCUCUGCAUAACACAGUUGGUAUAAGGACAUGUGGGAGCUUCUCCAGGAAGUGUACUUCCCCCCCUCCCUCCCAGCAAACAACUUUCUCUUUCACUCUGUGGGGGGUUUUUUUCUUGCAUAAUUUCACGUCUUACGCAUGUCUUACCAAAUAAUUUCCAAUAUGAGCAUUCCCAUUUUUUUUUCUUUUAACCGUUCUGUUGCCAUAUAACAAAAUUGUAAUGGAGUCCAAUUGAACUAUUUGUUUACAUUGUCUUCACUCUGACUUUUUCUUAAUGGUUGUGACGGCACCCAUCAACAUCUACCUUGCUAUUUUCUUCUUACAUCCCCACAUUCUUCUUACACUUACAUGCAUUCCAAUUUCCAAUUUGUACUGUAUGCUUGGUGCAGUAAAUGAAACAAAACCCGUUUUUAAAUGUGUGGCCACCAGAAAUAACCAAUUCAUUGGUCACUCGAACUCUCCUUUGCUUAUGGGAGAGGUUCAGGCACAUUCCACCCUCAACUAUAGUCAGGUGUAAUAAAAUCUUUGGUUGCCUCUAAUAGACUCUUUCCAACAAUCAUGUAAAUUGAAGAUUGCCACAGAAAAUUGCUUGUUACAAAAAAAUUUGCCCAAUGUCUUUGAGGCCAACUGUCUGAAAUAUCUUGUCAGUAUGGACAUUCCGUUUUUGCGUAUAGGGGGGUGGGUUAUUUGAAUAAUUUGGUUUUUGCGUCAUUAUUUUUUUUAGCCUCUUUCUCAUUCCAGCUAUGCUUAUGUCCCCCUUUGAACCUCCACUUUUUUUUUCUUUUUUUUUUUGCCAAUUCUUGACUCUUGUUGAUAACAAGAACCUUGAUUGUCUCGUGAGUUCAUUAAAAAAAAAAAAAGAUGAAUUUUUAUUAUUUUCCCUCUGAAGAAGAGACGGGUAAAAGUGUUUUUGUCAUUUGCUUUGUUGCCACUGUAAAGCCCUGAAAGUGCCAUGGAGGUUUUGUAGAGGACUGUUGUGUAUUAGUGUGUGUAGCUCAAGUAACGUCGUAAAAGGAAGAUAUAAAAACCACUUAAGGGUGCCAAAACGUGCAAAUUCAUCAGGCUUGAUUCCUCAACAAGUCUCAUUCCUGAAUGAAUAUUUAGAGUCUAGUCUGAAACAUCUCAAAAUUACAACAAGCAGCAUUAAUGGUCCCCAUUUGGACUCUUUACAAGCCAUUAAAAACAAGUAACACUUAGUCAAUAUUGGUGGAUGGAGUAUAGUGGUGCUCUGCUCUCUGUUGGCACCUGAGCUAGGUUUAGAAAAGUAGUGCAAGACAACUAAUCCAAAGGGACACACUGUAGGUUGGAAAUUGUUCAGUUGAAAGAUGCGUGUUUGUAUCAAAGUCUAGAAAAUGGGUGGAAGCUGUGUAAAUUACCUUUUUUUUUUUUUUUUUUUUAAUUACAUUUCCUUUGCUUUGUGGCUGUGCCGAAGAGGGUCGAUUUAGGGUGGGUGGCUUUUAAAAGUUUCUCCUUGUUUUGUGUUCCCUGCACCUUGCCAUAAUGCAACAGCUGAAACCUCUGUUAUUCUCAAGGGCGUGUAUGGAAAUCAAAGAAAAAUCAAGUGAACCAGGUUGAAGCCUCAUGCCGAGGUGUGCUCACCUUCUUUUUUUUUUUUUUUUGCUUGCUUUCAAGUAUCAAACGUUGAUUACAAAAUAAAGACGUUUUAAAACGG